UAGUAAAGCAUUCACUUCCAGUGGUGUCAGAUGCUGAAAGAAUGCAAGAGUGGAUCCUGAUACUCACCCUAUUGGGUGUGAUCAUUGGCCUCAUAUUCACCUUGGUAGCUCUCUGGAAAUUAGUGGGUGGAUGGUCACGUAUUCAUUCCUGGGUGAAAGGAGACAGGGAAGAAACAGCUCAACUCACAAAAAAUGGUCACUUCGGAGCUACUGAAUACAUAAGUUCUGAGUCUGAUAUUGCUCUAGACUUAAGUGGAAACUACAAGCACUACGAUAACGUAGGCAACGACUUGAAGUUAGUUACUGGCUGUGACGAUAAGGAAACAACCAAUCAUAUCAUUUCUUCUCCUUCGCCCACUUCCAAAACUAAUGGAAGCAUUCCUCUCCAAGUAGAUACAAACGAAGAAAGGGAUCCUGAAGAUAUUCUAUUUUUUGAAAAACCCAAUAAUACUACAAUGAAGAGGGCAGUCUCGUGCAACAGCAUAGUUUCCAAUUCAUCUGUUGCCCCAGAAGCAUUAGAGUCUCCUCAUCACUGUGGUGAAGUAGAAUUAGGAUUAGAAUACGACAGUGAGACAGAGGACCUCAUAGUGAUAAUAAACCGAGCCAGAGAUUUAGUAGGACCUAUUCCAAACUCAGUGAUUGAUAGUUAUAUCAAAGUAUUCCUACUACCUGAUAGAUCAACAAACAUGCAAACUAGGGUACAGCGUAAAAACAACAAUCCCAUGUUCAAGGAACAGUUUCUCUUUGGAGUCGACGAAAACAAUCUUUGUCAGAGAUCGCUGCUCUGUACAGUUUAUACUUGUGAUAAAUACACCAACUCCAUACUGGGAGAAGCUGAAGUCAAAAUAUCUGAUUUAGAUCUGAAACAGCCGUUUAUGGGAUGGUUCCCGAUAGUCGAUUCGAAUCAAGGUCCAGCAGAAUUAGGUGAUAUAAUGUUUUCUUUGAGCUACUUACCCACUGCUGAGAGAUUGACGGUGGUAAUCGUAAAAGGUCGAAAUUUGCGAUGGGAAAAAUCAUCUCAACCAUCAGAAUUCAGUCCUUUUGUGAAAGUAUAUCUUCUACAAAAUGGGAAGAAAUAUGCUAAAAAGGAAACUUCAGUCAAGAAAAAUGAAAGAGACCCAAAUUUCAACGAAUCGAUGAUAUUUUCUGUACCUUCAAAUGUCUUGCAGAAUAUGCAGCUGAGGAUAACAGUUGCUGAUUACCAAAGCUCAGAUAAAUGUCUGGCUGUUGGCCAUGUGUUUGUUGGACCCUACUGUAAAGGAAAAUCCUUAUCGCAUUGGAACCAAAUGAUGUCUUCCUUACGAAAACCAGUUGCUAUGUGGCAUCCCUUGAGGAAAACAUCUGAGUUCUAGAUUAUUUUUAUUGCAAACUUCUUUUUUUUUUCAUUGCAAAUUUGUUUCAUUACAAGUUUUACAUAAACUCUAAAAAAAAUUUCUGUGCUCAUCAGAUCAAAUCGUCAGUCCUAAAAGAAUAUAUUAUUUUUUGGGAGUCUCGACUUUAAAGUCUCGCAAAAAACGAAUUAGUAAGAAUAAUUACUAGUAGCUCAGCACAUACGGCGAAUCCACACAAAAAAACUGACCAAAAGAGAUAAAA